GUUCAAUCUUGAAGGUGUUGUGGAGAACUUCUGUUCUGCAUGCUUAGGGCCCUUAAAUAUGUGUCAAGCAGAUGUGUUCCACCUAGACACUUGGGUUGAAUGGGAUGUGUGUCAUGGGUGGUAUCACUGCCUAUGCACAGGCCUAUCCCAUGCAGCAGCAGAAAAGAUGAAAUAUCAGUGCUGUUCCUUGAAUUGCUCUACCAGUGUUGCCAGGCUUGAGGGGUGUACAAUAUCUGUUGGAGAAAUCAAGAAAGUGAGGAACGAGGAAGACCUUUCUGGUGAUGCCAUUGACUUCUUCAUGAGACACUUGAUGAGCAAUGACAAACACCUAGAUCUGUCCAUAUUUUGUGGGCCAACUAUUCCACGUGAACAACUGGCUCCAAAUUCUCUUCUUGAGGAAGCAAUUCCUUGGACAAGUCAGGACACAUUUGCCUUGGUGUAA